GGGCAGCUUUCUGAUCUUAUCGUUGUUAUAUAGCGCACGGUUAUUAUUUUGUGAAGCUACAAAGCAAAAGCACUCACUCUGCAAUGUUUUGCUUAUGCAACAAUCUUUCUAUAAACAAACCCAUUGUUGUUACUAAUGCAACUCUUCCACAAAAUCCAGACUCUUCUCCUCCUCCUCCUCCUUCUUCUUCUACUUCACCAAAACAAACCAAUCUUCCUCAGAAUAAAAAACCUUCACUAGGCUCCAAAAACUCCACUACUCCAUUACCUCCAAACAAGCUUCGCCGUCGACCUUCACCAUCUUCACUCAUGCAAAUUGAACGUGCCCUUGGCGCUGGAAGCUUCAGAGACGGUGAACCUGACUUCAAAAUGAAGAACGAUUCAGACGUAAAGAAGACUACGAUGGAUUUGUUCUUGGGACAAGUAUUUGAAGGGACUGUGCAGAAAAAGCUGAGGGAAACAGGAGAGUGGCUUGGUGAAAAUGGGGAGACCAGAUUUCGCUCCACUAGCUCUAGAAGAGGAAUUCUGGUGUUCGCAUUUCAAUGGAUGAUGCCAAUUUGGGCUAUAUCAUUCCUAAUAGCUUCUGGAGUCAUCAAAUUACCAUUCAGUGUCCCUUUUCUUGAUGACCUCCUCCUGUGAACAUCCAGUUUCUUUUUGUAGAUCGAAUAAUUGUAAAUUACUUAAGGGGUUCAAAGGAACACUACAAACACAUUUAUAUUUUAAUAGAGUAAAUAAACACGUUGGAAUUUUAGUCUUUUGCAUGAUUGUAUAGUCACUUCACUUAUUUGACUAAUGACCGUAUAUUAUUCUUA